CUCGACAGCCACAAUGAGUCUUCCAAAUCUCCCCCAAGAGAUCUUGCUGCUCAUCAUAGCUGAACUGCGUUAUGCAAAUAAGUUUGGUGCUAUCGCAAAGCUUUGCCAAACUUGCAAGACAGUUUGUGCCCUUGUCCAGCCCGAAUUGUUCCGUGAAGGCCCACAAUGGCUUAUCUAUAGCGAUGGAAGUGUACCUCCGUACAAGAUUAAAAUGGUUACUCUUAUGCGCUUCAUAGAGGCUGUUGUUGAACAGCCUGAAUUGGGCACCUUUAAUCUGCCAUUUGGGCCCCGGAAGGUCUCAAUGGAGACACUGAUGCGAGCUUAUAACCAUUUUCCAGCGGACUGGAAGCAGCGACACCUGACAGGCAAUGCGGGAAUCCAUCCACUUCCGUUGUUCAUGCUUCUAAUAUCCCUGACGCCCAACUUGCAAGAAUUGGAACUCAGUAAAAUCGAGACACAAGGACUGGAAGCAUUGGAGCUGCUCUGGGAACGAGAUUCUCAGGGCAUACGCCGCUAUGAUUAUCUCCCCAACUUGAAGAAACUUGUUAUUGUUCUGGAAAUCAUGUGCCACGAAUCUUUGAGAAAUCUAAUUCAUCUCAUGCACCUACCCACACUGAAUGAGCUUUCUAUAUGUGGCGCUGACGAGCAUGACCCUGGCUGUCCACCUUUUAACCUCCUCCAACCCGAGUCUCUCAGCAUUACGAUGCUAGAUCUAAGAGGAUCUACGUUUACUCCCCCCCCCUAUUGCGCCAAAUUCCUUCUAAAACUCGAACUCAACUUUAAUGAAUGCGAGCCCAAUCCUGGAGGUCCAGAUUGGAGUCACUAUGGCUCGUUUACGGCCUUCAUAAGCCUCAAAGUCCUUGAAGUGGAGCAAAGUGGGUUGCGAGAUGUCCCAGGUCUCCCGAACUCUUUAGAGAGUCUGAGGGUAGUUGAAUGUGACCGCCCUGUGUAUAUGUUUCUGGCUAGCCUGAUAUCGAAGGACAAAAGCGAUCGGUUAUCUCUGAAAUACGUCCGGAUAUCCGAAAAGUGGGAAUACCGCUGUAGGGAUCAAAAUUGGAUCCUCGGGAUCGAGCCUACUUAUGAGUUGGAUAAGACUGCGGAGGGUAAAGCAGCAAUGAUGGAGGCAUGCCGACGCUUGGACAAUCUCAUCAAGAAGGCGGACUUCUCAGUCGAUAUUGUCGACUGCUCAGCCUGGGAUAGAUACGUCGCUGAACAGAAGACCACCAACGAGGGCGUUGUGGUUAACAACACCGCAUAG